CCCAUCAAGCACAAACAAACAGUCAAACACCUCACCAACCAAAACACUCACACUCUGACUAUCACUCAACUCACUCAUCACUGUUCCGUUUCCCUUUCGGAGCCAAAUCCAAUAUCCACAUGGAGCCCCAAAAACCCGAACCCUUUGUAGGGCCCACAAAUCCGCUCCUCUCACUCUCCACCUUCAUCCACCAACACUGCCUCCGCCUCGGCGCCGACAUCGCCGCUCGCUUCGACGACACCAAGCGACUCGCCGGAACCCUAACCGCCGCGCACUGGCCACCGCCAAACAGGCGUGUCCGCCCGGCGCAUCCUCCGCCUCUUCCGUUCGCUUCGAUUUCGCAGCCCAAGCAAGCCGUAGCCGCCGGAUUGAGCUCCGAACACGUGGCCAAAACCCUAGCCGGCACGGCGGUGUACACGGUCAGCAAUUCGAACAAUGAGUUCGUGCUCAUCUCCGAUCCUAAUGGCGUUAAGUCCAUUGGCUUGCUUUGCUUUCGCCAGGAAGACGCCGAGGCCUUCCUUGCUCAAGUUAGGACGCGAAAGAGACAAUUACGCAGUGAUGCAAAGGUGGUUCCAAUUACACUUGACCAGGUGUAUUUGUUAAAGGUUGAAGGAAUUGCAUUUCGGUUUUUGCCUGAUCCAGUUCAAAUAAAGAAUGCACUAGAGAUCAAAUCUGCUGAUGGGAGGAGCGGGUUUGAUGGAGUUCCUGUUUUUCAGUCAGACCUUCUGGUUGUGAAGAAGAAAAACAAGCGUUACUGCCCUGUAUAUUUUACAAAGGAGGAUAUAGAAAAAGAACUGUCAAAGGUCUCUAGGGCAUCAAGAGGACCUGCACUUUCCCAACAUAUUAUGGUUGGUAGCUUGGAAGAUGUUUUGAGAAAAAUGGAGGUGAGUGAAAAGAACUUGGGUUGGGAAGAUUUGAUUUUUAUUCCACCUGGCAAGAGCCACUCUCAACACAUUCAAGAAGUGCUUAAAGUAAGAUGAAUGUGAUGUGUGACUCCAACUGACCAUUUGUGAACACAUUGCAAGUUUUCAGGUUCAUAAUAAAGCAGGUCAGCCAUUAUGUCUAUCAGUAACCCCUCUGUUUGGCAUGUGUGUAUUUCAAGUUAACAAAAUAAGUUCCUUGACAUGCGGAUAAUGGUUUGUAGGAGAUCAAAGCUACAAAGUGGGUAUCCAUUCAAAAAAUUAUGAGAAUGGAACAGCUAACAUGAGAUCCAGUAAAGGAGCUCAGGGAAAUCACAAUGUUUACACUCAAAUUAUGGAACUGGUUGUAGUCUAUGUGUACAGUUUUGUCAUAUUGAUAAAUUCAUUCUCUAUAUGUUUUAGAGCCUUUUUGAGCUUAUGGAAUGGAUGGCCAUCGAACAUGACUACUGUGUUGUGUGGUGACCCUUAUGUCAUUGAAGACAUUGAGCAAGAGGGCUUAGCUAAUAUUUAAUAAUGAACCGAAUGAGUAGUAUUACAAUGUUUUUGCUGUUUGACAAUGACAUAAAUAUCCAGUCAGGCUUGCCCUGUGCCAAGCUGCAUUU